CAUAAACAAGCUGUCCAGCUGUCUCAUCCAGCAAGUAGGAUUAGCCACUGGUUACUUAAAUUAGAUCUAGAUCUAGAUUCUAGAUCUAGUUAGAGCGAAGCUACUUGAGAAUGUUGAAACCAUUGCAUCAGAUUUAGUUGUGUGCAGAAGCUAUUUGUCACUGUUUUCUGGAACAAAAACUGAACCACUUAAUUCCACAAUGUCAGUUUCACAUCCAUUGCUUAAAAUAUUAAAAGCAACAUUAUUGGAACUUCAUAAUGAAGGAGGUAAAAUUUAUGACACAAAUUUAAAGCUUUUUCCAUUUUGCAAAGCACUUGAAGAUAUUUUUCGUCUAGGACUAAACACUAACCAUGGACACUGGUUUACAAAAUCUGAUUUCUGGACAUUGGUUUACAAGUAUGGAGAGAGAGCUGGUCCAGGAUUGUAUCAUUUGAUCAAGACUGUUAAAGACAACCAAAAGACAACAACAGAGCAAGGUAAAGGGCGUCUGUUCAUCAGGGCUUGUCUCAUGAAGAAGUAUCUUGUCACACUUUUAACCAAACUCAGGGAGGAUAAAUCAUUUCUUGAGAUUUGGUAUGAUAGAUCUUCAAUAAUCAACAAUGAUAUUCUUUCUGAAAUUUUCCUUUCUCUGCUGGCUGAGACACAGAACAUUCCUUUCAGUCUGUACCUGAAAAACUCUGCAUUCCUAGAUGAUACAUGGGAAAUGUCUGAGUAUCGUGAUUUUGAAUUUGUCCCAUGUGAUGUCCUUGGUGUUCAUUUACACUACAUAAACACUCACCUUGUGGUGACAGAUAUAGACCCAGAAAGUGUUGCUGCUGAGGAUGGUAAAGUUUGUAUUGGAGAUGUUAUGGAUGAACUCUACACAGAAAGUUUAAGAGGAGCCAGACGAGGAAAGGUCAGAGAUUUGUUUCAAAUGUACAAAGGCAUGCCAGUCUAUGUCAGUUUUAUUAAGGCUCGUCUACCCCACGGUGAGAUCUACCGACCCAUCUCUGCCCUCUUAAGGCAGAUUGACAUAGACUUAGCUCAGGUGGGAUUGACACGUGAUAAAACUGUCAACAUGGCUGCUAGUUAUAAAAAACCUGCGCAUGCCUUGUUGCCUGAAGAAGAGGAAGAUGAAAUUCCAGUCCACGGACCAGAUGGGAAAUCAGAGUACACAGUUGUUUUUAGAGGUGUCUGUCCACUAGGCGAGGAUGGAAGAGUAGAUCGCAUUCACGAAGCUGUAGAAAAUGUUCUACAAUCCAGUGGCCAGAGAAAAGAAGUUGUUAAAAUUCAAACGACUGAAACUGGUGUGGAGGUCAGAAGGUUAUCUGACAAUGAGCUUAUCCUGAAUCACUCCUACACUGAGGUGUCUGCAUGUGGUAGAAGAACUGAUAUGCUUUUAUACUUUGGAUACAUAGCAGGUGAAACCACUUGCAAUAUGGCGAAAGAUUUCAAAUGUUACGUGUUUGAAAGUGAUGACCAGUUUGAGGCAAAAACCAUCUUAUGUAGCAUAGCUCAAGGCUUUGAAAGAACUCACUGGUUUCUAUAAUUUCUUUACUUUUCACUGCUUAUCUUAAACAAGUGCAAUAUGUAUCAUAAGUUUACAAUUAAUUAAUGAAUAUGGUGGGUAUUAUUUUAUACAGAUCUGCACAGCUUCAGGCUAUUUACUACCUUAAGCACAAUAAGGAGCCAUCCAUAAAGCAUCAUGCAAUUUUAGCACAUUUUUUCUUUACCCUACAAUGGUAAUAGCUACAAGUGAUCC